UUUCUUUCUUUUUCAGCGCUCUGGAAGACACAAAAAAAAUUUUCUCCUUUUGCUCACCUCCCUCGGCCCCAUGGCUGCCAUGCAGAUGGAUCCUGAGUUGGCCAAGAGCCUGUUCUUUGAAGGGGCCACGGUGGUUAUCCUGAACAUGCCCAAGGGGACAGAGUUUGGCAUCGAUUACAACUCCUGGGAAGUGGGGCCCAAGUUCCGGGGCGUGAAGAUGAUCCCGCCAGGCGUCCACUUCCUGCACUACAGCUCUGUGGACAAGUCUAAUCCGCGGGAGGCAGGCCCCCGGAUGGGCUUCUUCCUCAGCCUACAGCCACGGGAGCUUACUGUGCUGCGCUGGAAUACCCUCCGGGAAGAGGUGGACUUGUCUCCAGCCCCCGAGGCCGAGGUGGAGGCCAUGAGGGCUAGUCUGCAGGAGCUAGACCCGUUCCUGGGCCCUUACCCCUAUGCCACUCUGAAGAAGUGGAUCUCCCUCACCAACUUCAUCAGUGAGGCCACCGUGGAGAAGCUGCAGCCUGAGAGCAGGCAGAUCUGCGCCUUCUCAGAUGUGCUGCCGGUGCUUGCCAUGAAGCACACCGAGGACCGGGCCCGGCAGAACCUGCCCCAUUGUGGCACUGAGUGCAGAAGCUACCAGGAGGGCCUGGCCCGGCUGCCCGAGAUGAAGCCCAGAGCUGGCACUGAGAUCCGCUUCUCUGAGCUACCCACACAGAUGUUCCCAAAGGGCGCCACACCAGCAGAAAUCACCAGGCAUAGCAUGGAUCUGAGCUACGCCCUGGAGACUGUGCUCAGCCGGCACUUCCCCAGCAGCCCCCAGGAUGUGCUCGGUGAACUGCAAUUCGCCUUUGUGUGCUUCCUGCUGGGGAGUGUGUAUGAGGCCUUCGAGCACUGGAAGCGGCUGCUGAACCUGCUGUGCCGGUCCGAGGCCGCCAUGCUGAAGCACCACACCCUGUACACCAGCCUCAUCUCUAUCCUCUACCACCAGCUUGGCGAGAUCCCUGCCGACUUCUUCGUGGACAUUGUCUCCCAGGACAACUUCCUCACCAGCACUUUACAGGUUUUCUUUUCCUCGGCCUGCAGCACUGCCGUGGAUGCCACCCUGAGAAAGAAGGCGGAGAAGUUCCAGGCCCACCUGACCAAGAAGUUCCGAUGGGACUUCACAGCAGAGCCCGAGGACUGCGCUCCGGUGGUAGUGGAGCUCCCAGAGGGCGCCUGCAUUGGCUAAUCCUGGGGUGCUUGCUCCUAGGCAUGCCCCUCCCCCAGGAACCUCUGUUCGGUGCUCCUGCUGGGCCCUGCAGAUGGGCUGGAAUUCCCUCCGGCACAAUAAAUAAGUUCCUUCCUUGCCAAGGCAUCUGUCUCUGGCCCCAGGGAGCAUUUGUGGACUCCCUGGUGACUUGGCUGUGGUGCUAACCUGGGUGCCCUUCCGACGGACUCUUAUGGGGGCUGCUGAGAGAGAUCUGCCUAGCAACAGCCUUGCUCCCAAGAUGGCCGAGAACCAGCCGCAUGUUCCAGAGGGAACCCCAGGCUGCCUGGGGCUCCAAGAUGUCACCUGGUGGCUUUUUUUGACAUCACAUGGGGAGAUGAGCUGGAGUCCACCUGCUCCUUGUUGAGGGGAGCACAUGAUAGAAAAUGUGGGGACUCUCGGGAAUCCUCGACAGGGACGGGUAGAUGGGGAAGAUCAGGUAGACAGGGGUUGUGUCUGACUGUUGGUGGCCGGCUCGCUCGCUCUUCCUGCAAAUCCCUUUCUCCUGUCCACAGGUCCCAGUGUGUCAUCUCCCCAGCUUGGUGUGGCCCCUGCCUGGAACCAUCACCUCCUGCCUGGCUCACUCUUAGGCCACGGACCCAAAGUAGAGCUGGGUAGCCCACUCCAAUGUCCCAAAGCCUCCGUGACUGCUGCUGUUGGCCCCAAGGCCAGACAGCAGGCAGGAGGGUUCCACCCUGAGCAGAACUUGUAUGCCCUGCUGCAGUUCUCUGAUCUUCCAAGAAGCCCGUGGCCAUGCCUACCCUGCUUCUGGGCAGGCACUUGGGGCACUGUGGCUUCCCUUGGGGCCCAUGACAGGUUCUGAAUGAGAACCCCUUCUCGAGAUUGCUGGUUAUCCUUGUUUCCUUGGAGAGGUUUUUUCAAAAGCAUACCUACAUUAAAGUCUUCCUGUUGACACCAGA